UGGCCUGAAGAGACAGCCGCUAGGCUGGAAACAGCAUAAAUGCAUCCAUGCCGAGCACAUCUACCGAGUUAACGGAAGAGUGGUACUCUGAGGAGGCCAUGGCCGCUGAGACUCUGGUCACAGUUCGUCUGGUGAGGUCCUUUGAGCACAGGAACUUCAAACCUGUGGUGUUUCACGGUGUCCGCUUGGAGCAGACCGUGCAGGACUUCAUGCAGCUCGUCAGAGACGAUAUUGCAACAAGGCCAGGACUUACCCCUCCAUUCAGGAAAUAUGGUUAUGACACUAUGAAGAUUAUCCACCAAGCUCAUCGAGCAAAGACAAACGAGUUAGUGAUGAGUUUAGAUGAUGAUGAAACUCUCAUUCUGCAAGAUGGCCAAACCCUCAGAGCUGCUGGUGUUGCUAACGAGACAGAAGUGGCCUUCUUCAGGAAGGAAGACUACAGUCUGUAUAAGGCUAACCCCAAAACUAACUGGUGACUGCAAACUUAAUGCUGCAUAAAGGACAGAGGUCAAAGGGCAAACAUGCCAAGAACAAACCCAACAGCUGUGCCAUGCUUCUGCUUCAGCAUUUUAAUUCAUGGGCUUUUUUUCUUUAAAGUCAAAGUUUAUUAUCCAGCGUACUGGUGGGUGUUUUUAUUUGUAGUUUAUGAUCCUUCAUUGUGAUCAUACACAUUCUUUUGUUGUUGAUGUUGUUUUAGAUAUGCUAAGUGUUUUCUGUUAGCUUACAUUUUUUAGCUUUUUUAAAAGUUGUACAGUAUUUAUUAUACUGCUCUGCUCAUUAUGGUCAUCAAUAAAAUCACGUUACAAUCUGCUCAGUUUAGUUCAGUGUUUCACACUUUGUGAUGGAUAUAAGAGAUACUUUUUCUAAUUUAAAUUCAUACAUAUAGUAUUCAGACUUUAAUAGCUUCAUUUGGUGGUUAGGUGCAUCCUGUCUGCUGUAGUCAUUGAAAUAUACACUGUAUUGAUUAUGCCUGUGGUGGGUCUAUGUAAAUAAUAUGCUAUAUUGUAUUGUUCUCUAGACAAAAGCUGUGCAGUUGAAGAACUCUGUGUACACCUCUUUAAUUAAUCUUUAGCGAACCACAGAUGAAGAGAAGAUCUGACUCCUCUCAGGGAAAACCGGAUUCAGUAACUGAAAUGGAAAAAGUAAACUGAAACACCUUUUUCUCAGGUUUGUCUGAGUAACACUCGUCUUACAUGAUGAGGAAAUUCAUAACUCAGAUCUAAUCAGAUACGAUCUGUACACUGUGAGCCAGCGCUGUACAGCAGCAUGCAGUGAAUAAAUGUUACAUCUUUGAGUCAGAACUCGUCCUGAGUUCAGUCCAUGAGGGAUAUGCUCACCUUAAUAAAGAUAAUAGACAUUCAGCACACAAACAUUUAAACUGAACAGCAGUAGUGCCUGUAAUGCUGGCGGAUUACUUUUAGAUGUCUGCACUAGUGCCCCUGUUUCAGGUGCAUCCUUAGAUGUGAUUUGCUUUAGGACCUGGCCAUCAGAAAGCUAAGUUUGACAAUGCUAAUCACCUACUGUAUGUCUGAGCAGAAGGGUCAGUGAAAGUAGUCCGAACUGAGGAAGGACUAAUUCAGAUUCAUUUACAGCGAGAUUAUAAAGCAGAACAUUUGAAGAACAGAAGAUGUGUUUGUAUUAGAUAAACAAAAAUGAAGAAUUUAAAUGUCUUUUUACAGCUCUUAUGUUAGGUUAAAACUUUCCAACACAGAGAUGAAAGUCGUGUACCUGAACAACUCUACCCCUGAAUAAAAGCCUUCCACUCUGCCAUGGCUUUU